AUGAUAUAAGAAAAGAGUCUAGAAUUACCAUGCUAUAUGGUUGAACACAAGAGCAAUAUUAAGAUAGUAUGUUUAAACGAGCAGUGUAAAGAGUUUAGACUAUUUUGCAUGAAAUGCGUUUAAAAUAAACAUCAUUCAACUCAUUUGUAAGACUGGAUAGAUAUUCCUUAAUUUAUUGAAUAAAUAGAAAAAUUUGAGACAGAUUAUCAAAGCCUUAUGAAUGAGUUAACUAAAGAUCUAAAUACAAUUAUAUAGAAUUUUAAUAAUUUGAAGGAAGGAAUAAAAAUAAAAUAUGUAUUAGACUAGGAGAGAAUUGAGAAAUUAAGUCUAAUAGAAAUAAAUGUAAUUGUCAGUUAAAUGUUAAAAUACAAAGAAUUUAAAGAAGAGACUAUUAAAACAAUUUAAGAAUAUGGAUCAAUUUUUAAUCAAUAAUUAAUAAAUUUGUAAAAUAAGUUAAUUGUAAGUGAAGAGAAAAAUAUGGAGAGAAAUCGAGUAGAUAAUGAAUCAAGUGAAAAGAUUAGUCGAUUAAGCGAAUCUAAAUAUUAAGAAGCAAUGUAAAAAGAUGGUGGAUUGAGUGAUAAGAUUAGUAGAUCAAGUGAUAAGAUAAGCAGAUCUAAUGAGAAUAUCAGUGUACGAAGUCAAAAAAAUAACAGAUCAACUUAGAAAAAGAGCUUGUCAAGGGAAAAAAAAAUAGUUUCAAACCUAAAAGAUAUUCAAUAAUCAUUAGAGCUUUGCGUUAAGGGUAUCUAUUUAAUUAUUCAAUUUUAUAGGUUAGAAGUUAACUGAGAAAUAAAUGUUUAAAGAAGCUAUUGAGAUGUUUAAUUAAUCAAUGGUUUUAAAUCCUAUUAAUUCCAAAGCCUUUUAUCUGAAAUGUAUUUACCUAACAAUUUUUAGCUUAUAGUUUAAGGUUAACAGAAAAUUAUGAAGAAGCCUUAGUUUGGGCUGACAAAGUCCUUGAGAUAGAACCUAAUCAUAUAAAAGCUCUAGAUUGUAAAAGUAAGAGUCUAUUAAUAUUUUAGUUUAUUGUCUAAGUAUCCUUAGAAAAUACAAGGAAGCAUUGGAUAUUAUUGAAAAAGUGUUGCAUACAUACCCUAAUCAUUUAAAUUCUAUGAUUAAUAAAGGUUAUUAACUAUUGUAAUUUAUAGUGAAUUGCUUAAGAGAACUAGGGCAAUAUCAAAAAUCUAUUUAAUUGUCAGAUGUAGUUCUUAAAUAAGAUCCCAAAAACAUAAAUGUGUUGUUUUGUAAAUGUAAGUUAAAUUUUAAUUUUAAUAGUGUAUAGUUUAGUUAUGGUUGGUAAAUGUUAAGAGGCUCUUGAAUUUGCUGAGAAUGCAUUGGUUGAAAAUCCUAACAAUUCCAAGAUAUUAUACUGUAAAAGUAAAUAUUAUCAAUAAAUAAAAGUUCAAAGCUUAUUUGGUCUCUAGAAAUAUGAAGAAGCGAUUCAAAUGAUAGAUAAAGCUUUAGGUGAGGAUUCAAACCAAGUCAAUCUUUCUAGUGUUAAAGGUAAUUGAAUUUCGAAAAGAUAGCAAAAAUCUUAUUUGUACAAAAAAAGAACAAUGAAGCAUUAAAAAUUGUUGACAAGGUAUUGGUGUAAGAUCCUAACGAUAUUGAUGCUUUGGAUUGUAAAAGUAUUAUUUUAAUCCUAUAAGUUUAGUUGAAAUUUUAUAUUCCCUUGGGAAAUAUCGUGAGGCUAUUAAAUUAGCUGGUAAGAUCUUAAUUAAGAAUCCUAAACAUCUGAAUGCUUUAAUUUUUAAAAGUAUUGUUAAAAUAUUAUAAGCUAUGAGUUUAUUUAUGCGUAAAAAAUAUAAAAAGGUAGAAACUUAUGCUGACAAAGUAUUGAGUAUUGACUCUAAUCAUCAAACAGCAUUAUUUUAUAAGGGUAAAAUAUUAUUAACCUUAAGCAAAUAGUUUAAAAUAAGAGGGUAAUCAUAAGGAUGCGUUAAUUUGCAUAAACAAGUUGUUAGAGAAUGAUCCUAAGAAUUUAGAAUUAUUAUUAUUAAAAAGUAGAUUUCUAUUAAUAUCUAAGCUCAAAGUUUAUAUUUGCUCGAUCAAUUUCAAGAAGCUAUAAUUUGGGCUAAUUAAGUUUUGGAAAUAGACCCUAAUAAUUUAGAUACAUUAUAUUGCAAAGGUUGUAAAUUUAAUAUCAUAUUCUAGCUGAUAACCUAAGAUUGCUUGGAAAUUACAAAGAAGCAAUAGAUUGGUCUGAUAAGGUAUUAGCUAUAAAUCCUGAACAUACCAGAACUUUACAUUGCAAAGGUAUCAUUCAAUAAAAUAUGUUUAGCGAGNGGUUAACAGAAAAUUAUGAAGAAGCCUUAGUUUGGGCUGACAAAGUCCUUGAGAUAGAACCUAAUCAUAUAAAAGCUCUAGAUUGUAAAAGUAAGAGUCUAUUAAUAUUUUAGUUUAUUGUCUAAGUAUCCUUAGAAAAUACAAGGAAGCAUUGGAUAUUAUUGAAAAAGUGUUGCAUACAUACCCUAAUCAUUUAAAUUCUAUGAUUAAUAAAGGUUAUUAACUAUUGUAAUUUAUAGUGAAUUGCUUAAGAGAACUAGGGCAAUAUCAAAAAUCUAUUUAAUUGUCAGAUGUAGUUCUUAAAUAAGAUCCCAAAAACAUAAAUGUGUUGUUUUGUAAAUGUAAGUUAAAUUUUAAUUUUAAUAGUGUAUAGUUUAGUUAUGGUUGGUAAAUGUUAAGAGGCUCUUGAAUUUGCUGAGAAUGCAUUGGUUGAAAAUCCUAACAAUUCCAAGAUAUUAUACUGUAAAAGUAAAUAUUAUCAAUAAAUAAAAGUUCAAAGCUUAUUUGGUCUCUAGAAAUAUGAAGAAGCGAUUCAAAUGAUAGAUAAAGCUUUAGGUGAGGAUUCAAACCAAGUCAAUCUUUCUAGUGUUAAAGGUAAUUGAAUUUCGAAAAGAUAGCAAAAAUCUUAUUUGUACAAAAAAAGAACAAUGAAGCAUUAAAAAUUGUUGACAAGGUAUUGGUGUAAGAUCCUAACGAUAUUGAUGCUUUGGAUUGUAAAAGUAUUAUUUUAAUCCUAUAAGUUUAGUUGAAAUUUUAUAUUCCCUUGGGAAAUAUCGUGAGGCUAUUAAAUUAGCUGGUAAGAUCUUAAUUAAGAAUCCUAAACAUCUGAAUGCUUUAAUUUUUAAAAGUAUUGUUAAAAUAUUAUAAGCUAUGAGUUUAUUUAUGCGUAAAAAAUAUAAAAAGGUAGAAACUUAUGCUGACAAAGUAUUGAGUAUUGACUCUAAUCAUCAAACAGCAUUAUUUUAUAAGGGUAAAAUAUUAUUAACCUUAAGCAAAUAGUUUAAAAUAAGAGGGUAAUCAUAAGGAUGCGUUAAUUUGCAUAAACAAGUUGUUAGAGAAUGAUCCUAAGAAUUUAGAAUUAUUAUUAUUAAAAAGUAGAUUUCUAUUAAUAUCUAAGCUCAAAGUUUAUAUUUGCUCGAUCAAUUUCAAGAAGCUAUAAUUUGGGCUAAUUAAGUUUUGGAAAUAGACCCUAAUAAUUUAGAUACAUUAUAUUGCAAAGGUUGUAAAUUUAAUAUCAUAUUCUAGCUGAUAACCUAAGAUUGCUUGGAAAUUACAAAGAAGCAAUAGAUUGGUCUGAUAAGGUAUUAGCUAUAAAUCCUGAACAUACCAGAACUUUACAUUGCAAAGGUAUCAUUCAAUAAAAUAUGUUUAGCGAGUUGUUUAAGAUUACUUGGUUAGUAUGAUGAUGCUGCUAUUUGGUCAGAGAAAGCUUUAGUAGCCAAUCCUAAAUCAGUUAAUAUUUUACGUUAGAAAGGUAGAAUCUGAAAGUAUUUGAAUAGCAAAUUCGUUAAAAAAUAUGGGGUAAUACUAGUAAGCACUGGAUUUAGUAGAAAAAGCCUUGGCAAUAGAGCCAAAGCAUAUAAACACUUUAGAUUGCAAACGUUUUAAAUUAUUAUAUAUUAGUUUAAUGCAUAUAUUGGCUUGGUAAAAUUAAUGAUUCAAUUGGGUUAUCUGAUCAGAUUUUAGAGUUAGAUCCAAAUAAUUUAAAUUCCUUAUGUUGCAAAGGUAAAUGAAAUUUAAAUAUCUUUAGCUGAUUGUUUAAGACAAUUGAAAAGAUAUUUGGAUGCUCUGUUAUGCUGUGAUAAAGUAUUAGAGAUAAACCAAAACCACAUAGAUAUUUUAAGUUGUAAAGGUACAUUUAAGCAAUUAAUUUAAGCAUAAUGCUUAUAUAUACUUAAAGAAUACGAUGAGGCAUUAGAAUACAUCAAUAAAGUACUUGCACUGGAUCCGAAUAAUGAGUAAGUUAUUAGUUGUAGAGGUAUGCUUGAAAUUAUAAUUUUAGUGAAUGUGUUAUUGUAAAAGGGAUAGCAUGUAGAGGCAUCUAAAUAAGCUGAUAAGGUUUUAGAAAUUAAUUUUCAGAACAAAGAUGUCCUGAUUUGCAAGAGUAUUAAAAUUUAUCAUAAAUUAAAAGCGUAGUGCUUACAUCUGUAAAAUAAGAAUAAAGAGACUCUGAUUUGUGCUGAUUUGGUUCUAGAGAUUGAUCCUAAUCAUGUUCCUACUUUAUUCAUAAAAGGUAUCAAUUACAUGCAUUUAGCUAAUACCUUAUUUAAACUGGGCCGCUUCACUGAGGCUCUAGAAUCGACUGAUGCAGUUUUAAAAAUUGAUCCAGAUCAUGCUGAAACCAUUCUUUGCAAAUGUACUCCUCUUUUUUUAGUUAGCCAAUUGUUUAAGACUAUUAGGACAACAUUCGGAUGCUCUCAUCUAUAUAGACAAAUACUUAACUGUAGAUCCUACUAACCUAACCGUUAUUGAACAAAAAGGUACAACAUAAUUUAUUACCUAAUCAGCUUAACUCUUACAUUCAACAGAAAGACAUGAGGAAUCAAAUCUAUGGAUUGAAAAGGUACUUGAAUAAGAUCCAGAUAACAUGAAUAUAUUAAACUAUAAAGGUAACUCAGUCAUUUAUUUUUAGCUGAUAAUUUAAGAGCUUUGGGUAAAAGUAAAGAAUCAAUAGUAAUUGCUGAAAAGAUUUUGGCCUAUGAUUCUAAAUCAGUGAAUGCUCUGUUUUGUAAAGGUAAAUAUUUGGCGAAUAUUAAUAGCUGAUUGUUUAAAAGCUUAGGGUCAAUAUAAUUUAGCUGAAUAAUGGGUUGAUUUUGCAUUAAAGCAUGAUUCCAAACAUGUAAAUUCAUUGGCUUGUAAGGGUAAUAAGUUCUCAUAAUUAGGUGAAAUAUUAAGGAUGUUUAAACAAUAUGAUUAAGCUUUGAAAUAAUUUAAUAUUGCUUUGAGUAUUAAUCCCAACAGUUAUAUAUCCCUUACUUAAAAAGGUAAAUGGACUUACAUAUAAUUAGGCGCAUGUCUACAAGAAAUAAAAUAAUAUUCAGAAGCAUUAUCAAUCUUUGAUAAAGCCUUGAAAAUAAAACCCAAUGAUGAAUGGGUUCAAACCAGAAAAAGUAUUUAUUAUUAUUUGAUGUAGAAUAAUGUGAAGAUGUUUUUAAGAAGACAGCUUCUGCAAAAUCAAAAUGA